UGUGCUUUACAUCAACAACACAAGAAAAUGGCUCCACCACAGAGAAUGCGCGUCGCCAACGAGAAGGCCAGCAAAUAUGUGACAAUGCGUGGCAAUGUACCCAAAUCCUCGAAAACGAAAGAAGGUCAAUAUCCGGUGGGUCCCUGGCUCCUGGCUCUGUUCAUCUUUGUGGUCUGCGGCUCUGCCAUUUUCCAGAUCGUUCAGUCGAUACGCGCCGCGUAAGGAAAGGCUUCCCCUCGCAUAAGAUACACAGAGAGCAGGUGCAUCUGGAGGAAGAUAAUAGACCUUUCCGGAACCUUCACUUGCUACUACUAACACCUUCCCUAGCUAAAUAGACCCCGGAAACAUGUGCAACCAGAGGAUGACCCUAAACAACUUGGCUUUAUUUUCGUGUCUGCAAUAUCAACUCCUAUAAAACACAUACAAAAUUUAAGUCCAUAGCAUUUUGCAUUAAUUAAUUUAACUGUAAGCUCUGCAAUGUGCAUUCCUGCAAUUCUCUCCUAAGCAACUGAAUAAUGAUCCCCGAUCAUUUAUAGGCGAUAAAUGCAUUUUUAAGAUGCUUCUCGGCGCAGUUUGAAAUAGUGCAAAGUGUUAAAGCGUUGUUUUCUAAUGCAAAGACGAGUAGAGAAGAAACUAUGAGUACAUAACAAUGAUGAAUAUAUGAUAAUUUUUUACCUAA